AAAGACUUGAGCUGCGUUGUGAGGCAGAUGAUAGCAAUGGCGUUGGUGUAUCUGGCAGUAAACUUUGCCGGCCUCUACACCAAAUACCUGACAGACCGGGGACAGAGGAAGGCGUUCUUGGAGACCCAUCGCUCCACUGAGACAAGAUAUCACACACAAAAGGAAAACGACCAACAAGAAAGACUUCUACUCUCAGUGUUGCCAGACUUCGUAGCCAAAGAAAUGAUCAGAGACAUAGCGACGGAAGCAGAGAAAGGCUCGUUCACACCGCACCAGUUCCACCGCAUUUAUCUGCACUGCUACGAGAAUGUCAGCAUAUUAUUCGCUGAUAUCAAGGGAUUUACUGCUUGGGCCAGCCAAUGCAGUGCUCAAGAGCUUGUUCGAGUGCUCAAUGACCUGUUUGCCAAAUUCGAUAAGCUUGCAACGGUGAGUAGACAACAGUUUUGCCUUACUUUUCAUAUAUCAGUAUCAUUCUUAGUUCUCUAAAUC